AUGAUGCCCAAUGAUCCCGGCGGGUCAUCUGGCUCGGCCGAGGCAGCAAUAGCAGUUUCUGCUGCCUCGACCGAUCACCACCGCCACCAACCUCAACCUGCCCAGCUCAGUCGAUACGAGUCACAGAAACGUCGGGACUGGAAUACGUUCGGGCAGUACCUCCGGAACCAACGGCCGCCGCUCGCCCUCCACCAGUGUAGCUACACACACGUGCUCGAUUUCAUGCGGUACCUCGACCAAUUCGGGAAAACCAAGGUCCACGCGCAAGGGUGCGUUUUCUUCGGGCAUCCCGACCCGGCAGGCCCUUGCACCUGCCCGCUCAGGCAGGCGUGGGGCAGCCUAGAUGCUCUCGUAGGCCGCCUCCGAGCGGCCUACGAGGAAAACGGUGGGCCUCCCGAGGCAAACCCGUUUGCCAACGGGGCCAUAAGGGUUUACCUUCGGGAGGUGAGGGAUGCCCAGGCCAAGGCCCGAGGAAUACCCUACAAGAAGAAGAAAAAGAGGAGGAGGCCCAAUAAUGGUGGCGAUCAAGCCGGGCCGUCGGCUUCGUCGUCGGGCUUUCACCAUCAGGCCCAAAGCUCCGGGAUGUGA